AUGGCAGCUUUUGUGACCCUCGGUUUCAGCGACAGUGGUCCUGUGGGACACGGGAGUCCAAAGGGAGACAGACCGUGGCUGAAAGAGCGACACAGGAGGGUACUUGGGGACCGUGGAAGCAAUGAAGUCAUGGCGCAGAUAAACCCCAGGGGAUUACUGUCAAACUGCACGCUCCUCAGGCUCGCACAUGGUCAAAAUGGGGAGCGGUUUAACUUGAACCUCUUUUAA